GAGGAAGUGGAUCGAUCAAAAUGGCGAUUCGACCGUCGCCUAUGCGAAGAAAAAUUGGAUUAUUGCUCAUUGACUUGCAAAAAGCUUUUGUGGACGGAGCAUGGAGAGCUUAUUUACCUGACGAAGAAGUAGAACCAAUUAAGAAAAGUUUUGAAAACUGUGCGAAGCUUUUACGAUCCGGUUUGAAGAAUGUUCCCUUGCUGAUGACACUCUGUCCUUUUCCAGGUAGUGAUUUUGAGCUGGAUGACAGUUUGACUUCUGUAGUUGGCAAAAAUCAACGAUAUGUCAUUAAGCCUAGCACUUCAGUGAUGGAUGCCCGCGGUUUCAGAGAAUGGUUAGAAGAAGAAUUGCUUAAACAGGGAAUAAACACUUUGGUAGUGGGUGGUUGCACAACUACGAGUUGCGUACGAGUCAGCUCUAUCCGAACUCAGAAGGCUUUCGGCCACAAAGGCCUUCAGGUUGUGGUGGAUUUAGGCUUGUGUGGUGCAAGAAAAAAAAAUGGUAUUCAAAGAUGUCCUAGCUGUAUGCAGCAGUACAUGGAAUGUGGGGAUUAUGAACCGUCAUGCAAUCCACAUUGCACAUGUGCUGGUGUUGAUGUUGUAAUGACAUCACCUAUCGAUAAAGCCGUGCAGUGCAUGCAAGAUGAGGGUGUUGAGGUGUUGGAAAAUUUUGACUGGACGCCAUACAUGCUUCAAUCAUCUGUCACUGAAUGAUUCAAUAGUAUUUAUGUGUCGCCCAUUAGAUGCCCUCAGGUCUCUCUCUAGCUCACUAGUGAUUACUUGGAGCAAUUUUUGUAAAUUGCAUGGUGGUAAUUGUAUAUUUUCCAAUUGUGCAGCUAGAGUAAGUAAUCAGCAACCUUUUGCAUGUCAUGCAUGCAACCUUCUCAUGUGGAUGAAAAAAAAAAUUGCAUAAUUACCUGAAAAAAUAAAACUUCAAUUGCCUAUCAA